AUGAGUUUCAAAACAGGUGAUGAAAGACAUGAUUUUUAAGUUAAAUGUCCUUAUAAUCCAUCACAUCAGAUGCCCAAUUCUAAACUAUUCUAUCAUAUCUCUUAAGGAUGUUAAGAUAAAGCAAGAUUAGAACAUCUAUAUGAGCAUUGUCCAUAUAAUUUUAUGCACGUCAUUCUCAAAGCAAACAUGGAUGCUCAUCUUAGACAAUGUGCAAAUUUGAAUAAGAAUACAGAAGAAGGCAAUUUAAUGGAAGAAAUGCAGAAAGUGAUAAAGGAAUAGAAAAAAGAACAAAGAAAAGCACAAUAAUAAUAAAAAUAACAAUAAUAACAAAAUACUUAAAUACCAGGAGUUAUUGUACCUGAAUAUACUAAGAAGAAAAAAAGAGUUAGAAAUAAAAAAAAGAAAGAAGAGCCUAAAACUGAAAAUAAGGAUGGGAUGCCAGUUUGGGGAGAGAGUUCAGAUGAUGAAAAAAAUGAAGUUCAAGAUGUAAUUGAAUAAUUUGCUCAAACAUAAGUUACAGAAUAAAAGCAGCAAGACUCAGAUGAUGAAUGGGAUGAGGUUCCAAUUAAAUAAAAAGGAAGGAAUGGAAAAACAAGGGAGAAAGAAUGA